UCAAUAUAUUAGUUUUUGCAUAUUUGCUGUUAAAAAUAGCGAAGAAUCUGAUAUAAAUAAAAUUAGCAAUAUGUUAUUAAAUAAUCAAAGCAUUGAAAUCAAUGAAAAUGAUCAAAGUUUUUUGAAUUAUAAUGACCAAAACAUAUCAAUUCCAGAAGAUG